AUGAAGGUCGGCUGCAGGCACUUGAAAUCUACCCGGUUAGCCACAGAAGGCUCUGCGGGGUUUGAUCUAUCUGUGGAAGAUUCUUUGUGGCGAACUGGAACCGGAAUUAUGCGCUAUGUUUCCACUGCGAGAAUGCAACCGGACGCGUGGCCACAGGCUCAACCUCCGGAAGAUGGAGUCGACGGGGCUAUCUUUUUUCUGGCGCCUUUUCCGGAUUGUGACUUCUCUCUGGAAUUCACUCCCGUCGGAGGUGGUGGAGGAGCAGAACGAGGCAUGAUUCAAACGCCGUCUCCACGAGCACUUGGUGAGAGGGUGCAGAUCACUGAGUGGGUUGCUAUCGGUACCGGCGGUGAUGAGGCACAUACGGGGCGCGGCCCCUUUGCCUUCUGCACAUGA